GUCAAUUCCGCCAUGGAUGCCAUUUUGCCAGUUGUGAUGGAAGCCUUAUCUACAAUUUACGAUGUCCCCAACCUUAGUCAUCAGUUUGGUACCAAGACUCUAGUCACACGAGGCGGCUACUCCGAGGUUUAUCGCGCAAAAUGGAACCGAUCUGGAACUCAGGCUCCCGUCAAUUUCUCAGACCGCCCAUGAGCAGCAUGCCGCCUAUCGUAGAACAGGUAAGAAAAACUAUGAAGCACUUGAAGAGAGAGAUGAAGAUAUGGAAGGAUUUAGACCACGGAAAUAUCGUGAGAUUCAUUGGUUUUGCGAUUGAAGAUCGUGGUGGAGUGCCAGAAGCAGUAUUAGUGUCCGAAUGGUGUGCAAAUGGAAAUCUCGCUGAAUAUCUGCAUUGCGAGCCAUCCUGCAAUCGGCUGGCCCUGCUUCUCGAUGUCGCCCGAGGUCUGACCUACCUCCACGACCGUGACCCUGUUGUUGUCCAUGGCGAUCUCAAGCCUUUCAACGUAUUAAUCAGUGAUGCUGGGCAUGCGAAGUUAUGCGACUUUGGCUUCUCUUUGAUAGCGGACGGAUUGACAACGGGGUUUACAUCAUCGGCACCUGGAUUUACGUUGCGCUAUUGCGCUCCAGAAGUUCUGGAGAGUGGUAAGAAAACGAGACCUGGUGAUACUUACUCCUUUGCCUGUACUUGUGCCAUGGUGAGCUCGCGUAAUUCGCGAUUAUAACAUCCUUACACUUGACUGAAACUUGAGCAGAUACUUUUUAGCAAAAAUCCCUUCCCUUUGCUCACCAAUGACACCCAGCUAUGGAGGGCGUUAGA